AUGGAAGAAGAAGAGGAACAAGUACCUGCAUCAACAUCUCAGUCCCAACAAUCUCAAGAACCUCAACAAUCACAGUCUCAAUCUCAAGAUAUUACAAUUCCUCAAACAGGCCCUGGUGGUCGAGAAAUAGCAGCAGCUCAUGAACCGACACAUCCUUCUCAUCGUGAAACAUCGCUAUUAUCAGGAGGAAUUGGAACACCAUUCCCAUAUACCCCAUAUACACCAUAUACCAUGGAAACUCAACAAGAUACUCGAGUGAAUGUAGAAGAUACAUCGAAUAUUUAUGAUGCAGGAUAUGAUAAUUGGUUAAUGGGAUCAACACUUACACCUUAUAAUAAUAGAGGUGGUAGAACUACAAGACCACAACGUCGAAUAGUUAGAAGAGAUAUAUUAGUGAAAGAAUCAAAUCCAAUUUUUGCCACUGAAAGCAGAUCACGUAAAAUGGAAAUUUAUUUGGCUACCCCAAUUAUAUACAUUACAUUCAUGCGUAUAUGGCUUUAUAAAGCUGAUCUUCUACCUCCGGUUCAACCACCAGAAGCAGAUACAACAUUAACUACAGCUACAGGAGGUCGUAGAUUAGGUGUAAGAGUCGAGAAUUACGAAACUUAUUAUAGAAUGGAAGGAAAUAAUUGUUGCGAUAAGUGUGUUUAUGGAUGUUGCAUGUUAUGCGAUAGGUGUUGUGGUUCAACAUAUAAUUUAUGUUGUAGUUGUUAUGAAUGGGAUUAUGUUCAAUGUGAUUGUGGAAUAUGUGAUUGUAAUGGUAUUAUUGCAGGCUGUUGUGGAAGUUUUUUUAAUGUUUUAUACGUAUCUUUUAAUAAAUUUUGGUUAUUGGAUUAA